AUGUCAAGUGGGCGCAGGCACUCUGCCUCGGGUGAUCACUAUUCACACAGAGGCAGAUAUUACUAUGACUACGAUGGUGACAGCGCAUACGCUUCAAGAGAGGAGGAUGACGAUCACAACCCCUAUGAUCGGAGGAGACGUGAAUCAAGCCGCCGCGAGCCCAUGAGCAGUGGACGCCGCCAUUCACCAGAUCGACGGGAGCACCGACGUAGUCAAAGAGGAAGAAGCCAGCACGUCGACGAUUAUAACCCGAGAGAUAGGUACUACCUCUCUGACGAGGAGGACCUUGGCUUCAGGUCACAGUCUGCACAACCGCAGAGGACACCAUGGGACGAAUCACCGAGGCGGCGAAGCAGUGGGGACGACGAAGGCGACUAUUUUAGCAGACGACGGCAAUCGACAACGGCUGGCGGCAGAAAUCACUCGUCACACCGGCACGACAGGUCCGCAUCUAAUAUGUCGCAUCGCCGUAGGUCGCCUGAUUACCAUAGAGACUACGACCGCCACGAAUCAGACCGAAGUGGAAGCCGACGCGAUGCUCCUCCAAUGCUCCGCCGGCAGUCGAGCUCGGCCCCUCCACCCGCCAGCCGAUCUACCUACCCAUCAUCCUCUGGAGGUAGGCGGGAGCGCUCCAAAUACCCACCCAACACCGCCGAAACGCGAAACUAUCCUCGUGGCAGGCAUCGAAGCAGUAGUGAUCGUGGGGGCGAUGACCGCGGGCGGCGAAGCAGAAGCAACAAUGAGAGCACAGCCGGUGGGCGCAGCAAGAGCAGAAGCAAGAAAGAAAGUCCUUUUUCGGAUGUGCCAUGGUCACAGGCAGCCCGCUGCGCUCUAGAGGCGGGCACCAUGGCCGCCCUACGCAGCUAUGACUCCCCAGGUAACUGGAUCGGGACUAAGGGCGCCCAGAUCGCCACGGCUGCCGUAGGCGCCGCGCUCGUCGACGGAGUCAUCGCCAACAAGAAUCCCAAUAUCAGGGGCGGCAAGAGACAUGCAGUCCUUCGGCAGGUCACAAACACUGCACUGGGCAACCUGAUCAUGAAUCCUGCCGGCUCCAUGGUAGAGAAGAAGGAGCCUGUGAACAGGACAAAACACGCCAUCCAUAAUCGCAUGCACCGUAGUGGUGGUGGCCGUCGACACUGA